UAAAUAUUUGAAAAAAAUUUGGAAAAAGUAAUAUUAGUAUAAUUCAUAUACCAAAUGUGGGAAUCGCUAUUUGCGCGCACGUGAGUCAUAAUUCAUGAAUAAUGAAAUUAUGUUUAAAAAAAAAAAAAAUGUUCACCGAACGUCAUUUCUUGGAGGCAGUCUUACAUUACUAUCAUUUUUUGUCAUUCUUAUGUGCUCGUUGAAUAAAAAGUAGCUCGCGUUAGACCGUUAAAUUUUCCCAUACGUGUAGGUGUUAUCUUGAAAAAAAAAAAAAAAAUUACUCGAGAGCAUUGUUCGAUCAAGCUCGAGCAUAAUACAAAAAUAUCUGAUUCUAAAUGCAAUACAAUCUUUUCGAAAAAACCGCAAGAUUAAAAUCUGUUAUGGUCUUCGCGUUGAAUAUCUAUACGAAAACGAAAAAGACAAGAGUACACAAUUGCGUGGCUAGCCGCAAGUAUACUUAAUUACUUAUCGAAAUUAACACUCGCUGAUCGUGUAAAGCAUAUCGAUACGCUAAAUUUAUAAGCCUGAAAUAAUACGAGAUAAAACGGAAUCGCCACGGAGGAGUUAUAAAUCAAGAAAUUAUAAUCUUCAUCGUGUAUAUACAUUCUUAUAUUAUAUGCAUAACUCGAUGAUGAUAUCUUCGCGCAUGCUGCUGUACUCUUGUAUAUAUGCCUCGAUGCACGAUGUCUAGAUGCGCGCGACACAUACAAGCUCGAGCAGCGACGAAAAUAAGCUCCCCGAGAAGCUAUAGUACAUAUUGCAGCGCGCGAUAUUAGCCGCAUAUAUAAACUUAUCGGAAAUGCAUGUCAUUUACAACUCGGCAUGGACGUUGAUGAUGAGCUUGUAUUAUAGCCAAUAUAGGCAAAUGUAGUGGUGGUGGCAUCGGCUCUGUAAGUAUAGCGAUUAAGACUGUCUGCUCCGAAACACGUGUUCUUCCACUCUUUUUUUUUCUUCUUCAUUUUCUUUCAUCGAUAGGCGCUUCGAUAUGUGUCCGAAGAGAGACGAUAUAUCUAUGUGUGUAUACGAACCAACGGCGCGAGCAGCGUAUCGGCAUAUCGCGUCCGUCAAGAUAGAUCUCGAGCGCAGAUCAACUUGUAUCUGUCUCUCUCUCGGCGCAGCUAUAGGUCACAGAUAGGCGCUUGCUGUGUGUUUGUGUGUGAACACCGAGAGAGAUAAUCGAAAAUUCGCCCGUGAUCGCGCUGUAUAGAAAGAGAGACUCGAGUCAAUCCUUCGUCGCCGACGACGACUAAGACUAAAAGACGCGUCUCGUCUAGUGGUGUGGUCUUUUGGCGCGUUACACACACAUCAACAUACACACACAUUUAUUUCGUCGUCGUCGUAGCACACGUAACUCGGCACGAGCGCACUUGUUUCAUAGAUGCAUCAGUUUGUAUACCACUGGCCACCGGGACAGUAGGUCGAUAGAAGAGUAGUCGCUCUCUCUCUCUCGACACCGCGCGCGAGUGAUACGUCGUUACUUUUUUUUUUGUUUUUGUUUGUUUCGUUUGUUGUCGUCCGAGUGCAUCGCAUCAUCAGCAGCAGCAUCAUUAUGCAAGCUGCCGAUUCUCCUGCUGCGGCCGACAAGCCGCGUUUCUUUCAAGCGGCCGUCGCCGACGAGACUCAGCCGCGCGAGCGAGUCGAUCCGGACAAGCCGUAUUUUUAUCUGACGCCGCUGGAGGACAAGAACGAGAAUACGAACGAGGACGAGCGAGAAAAGUCACGGAGCAGUGGCAGCGAUCAAUUGGACAGCGAUAAAUCCGAGAGCCUCGACUCUUACUCGAGUCCGGAGACGCUGAGCGUAGCCGACGAUCGGGCGCAGGACGCGAAAGUAAACAAUUCUUCGUCCGAUGCGAGCCUCGAGGAUCGGACGAACGAUGAUCAGUUAAAAGUGCCGAGUACGAACUCUGUGAUUUCGCCCAUGGCGGCUCACAAACGAGAGGAUUCUGUGCAGCAGUCGUCGCGAGAGAAUAAGUUCGACGAAGCUGAGCGAUCUCGAAAUGAUAAUUCGGACGAGCCGAUACCCAGUGGCUAUGAUUUGUCAGAGCAAAAGGCAUUUCCAGCAGACUCUCAAGACAUCAAAAAACCAUCGAUACCAAGUAGAAAAGAGUUGAACGGAGAUAAAAAAAAUUUCGACGAUUCUAGAAAGAUGAAUGAUAGUAGAAAACCCAAAAACACUAAAGAAAUGUUGAAGGUGAAGAAAAAGAUCAUGAUUAUGAUGCCAGUGGCAUUAUUUGCCUUGAUAUUUGGCAUCACCACUGGCAUACUUUGGCCGACGUUUUUUAAUGAUAUUCUUCAAAAGGAGUUAACAUUAACUAAUACAUCGACUAGUUAUGACAUUUGGAAGGAAACACCUGUACCAAUGUAUUUAAAGAUGUACAUGUUUAACUGGACGAAUUUUGAAGAAACUUUGAAAAAUGCAUCUGUCAAGCCUCACUUUGAUGAAGUUGGACCUUAUGUUUUUAGAGAAGUUGAUAUAAAAAUGAAUAAAACUUGGAAUAAAAACGGAACAAUCACGUUUCGAGUUAAACGAGUAUGGCAUUUUAUACCUGAAGAAUCUAAGGGAAAUUUGACCGAUGAAAUUACCAAUUUAAAUCCAAUAGUUUCAACUGCUGCCUAUCUGUUCAGAUACUAUCAACCUUUUAUUAAAUUUGUGUUCAAUCAAUUGUUUGAAAAAAUGGAAAAUAUUGUCGUGACAAAAACUGUUCAGCAACUAUUAUUUGAUGGAUUUGAUGACAAAUUAUUAAAAAUUGCCAAUGCACUCAAAAGGCAUAACGUGAAUGUUGAAGUUCCCUUUGAUAAAUUUGCAUGGUUUUAUCAGAGAAAUAAUUCAGAAACUUAUGAUGGAAUAUAUAAUAUGAAUACCGGAAUUUCCGAUUUUUACGAUAUGGGUAUGGUUAGAGAGUGGAAAUACAAAAAUACAUCUGCCAGCUAUCCAAACUGUGGGCAUAUCAGAGGAUCUAUCGGAGAUCUCUGGCCUCCAUUGAAAAAUAAUAAAACACUUUCUGUUUUUUCGCCUGAUAUUUGCACAUCGUUAAAUUUGAAAGCUAAAGGUACCAGUACAUGGCUGGAUGUCACUGGAAGCAAGUAUGUAUCGGACGAGGAUACGUUCGAUAACGGGGCUAAAGUAGAUUCAAUGAAAUGCUACUGCCAAGGUAGAGACUGCCAACCCAGUGGUACAUUGAAUAUUUCAUCUUGUAAAUUUGGGGCACCAGCGUUCGUCAGUUUGCCUCACUUUUAUCUAGCUGAUAAAAGCUAUGCGGAAAAAAUUUCAGGAAUGAAUCCAGAUGAAGAUAAGCACGAAUUUCAAUUAGUAAUACAUCCAGACACUGGCAUUCCGUUACAAGUUAGAGGCACUUUACAAAUCAAUUUCUACUUGUAUUCAGAUGACAAAAUAAAAAUUUUCGAUCGAUUUGCCGGUACAUUCAUACCAAUGAUAUGGUUUACUCAAGAGGUAAAAAUAACGCCCGAGUUCGCGAAAAAAGUCAAACUUCUCGAUCUGUUACCACCCGUUGUGAGCGGAGUAUUGUGGUCUAUAGCAGGUAUUGGAGUGCUAUUAAUUUUAGUCUCCAUCAGUAUCUUUAUUCGUCAAAAAAGGAAAGACGACGAAGUACGUCUCUUAAAUAAUGAUAGUGAUAAAGAUCCAGAAGUUCCAGUCAACGAUGAAGCUUAAUUUAAAUUGAAUCGUUGGCCUUUACCAUGAAAUGGUAUAAAUACACAUAUUAAUUUUUUUAUUAAUUUUUUUAAGAUGAAACUAUGCAUCCGUAUAGAUAUCCACGAUGUUACUUUUCACUGAAAGUUAUCUUAAUCGAGUGGUAUUUUAGCGGAUGAUCUUGAAAAUCAAAAUAGGGUACUUUACCCAGUGGUUGGCCGCUUUCAACCAGUUAAUUACUAAUUUUUAUAAAUGUAUUUCUAAUUGAUUUUUUAAAUAUAUUAUAAAAAGCGGUAUUCACUGGGUGUUGGUCAAUCAAUGGAUCAGUUACCCCUAACUGAUUACAGUAAAAAAUAAGUUUAUUUUCAAAAGCCUUCUAAUGAUACUUCCGUUAAAGAUAAAGUAUUUUUAAAUACAUGUACAUUUAAAUUGUAUUCAAGCAAAAAAAUGUACGCAUCGUUGUCUCUGCAAUGAAAAUAUUAUUAUUCAACUGUACAUAUUGUUGAGCUAUUGAAAAUACUCUUCGAGUUUAAAUUCAUAAUAAUUAGAUUUUUAUACUUAUGUGUAUUAUCAUAGGAGUCUAAUAAUUAUGUUUUGUUCUAUAAUGAUGUAUACUUUUCUGAGAGGAUAGAGUUAAAGAUUUUAUACAGUAAAUAGCUUGACUGCCGUCAAUUUUAAUUGAUAAAGACAUUCACAGUCGAGCAGUGAGUCUUUGUUGUAAAAAAGCUUCCAUCGUUGGUAAAAAUUACAAGCUGAGUCAUAUAUUUUAUAAAUAUGUAAAUAAGAAAAGUUUGCGAUAUCGAAUCAAGUAAAAUGUAAAAAGUCAUUAUUUGAAAUAUUUCUAUCGUGCAUUAAUUUACUUAAUAACGAAAUAGUUUCUGGUAAAUCUACUCAUAAAAAAGCCAAGUGCAGUUUAUUAUUUGCAGAUUGUUAUCGAAGCAAAAUAAUUGACGAAUCGAUAUGAAAUAUGUAAAUAUAUUUAAAAAAUUCUAUUGUACACGUGAUUUAAUAGCCACAAAAAAGUUAAAGCUGUGAUAUUAUAAACUACUUUAUCAGUUUUUUUUUAUCCUUCAAACGUCAAUUUACCUUGAUAAUUUCUGAAACAUAUGCAGUUACUCUUUAAAUAUUGUAAAAUAAGUCAUAAUUUAUUAAUCCAAGUCCUUAUUCGUUGGAUAUUUCGCUAUGCUUUCCGAAUUUUUCAUCUAUUAAGAAUACAUAUAUGUAAAAGUUGGCAUAUAUUGUGUUAAUGAAUUGUCUCGAAACGAAAUCCUCGAAAGACUUGAUUGGCCAGUCAAAUUUUAUAGGAAUAAGCGUGACUUGUUUUUCCAUGAACAUUAUCCAUUACUGUUAUAUUUUAAUAUUAAGCAUAAAAUAUGUAAAAUAAUGAAUAAGUUCGAAGGAGUUUGAAGUUGUAAUAAUAGCGUUUGCAGCUAGUUGAACAGGCCUU